UUAUGUUAAAAUUGUGACCUGGAAUAAAGCAUAAGAAGAAGAAACAAAUAAUUGUCAUUAUAACAAUUAGUAGGCCUAUGCGUUGUCCGCACUUAUCAGAACAGACAGCCCAGUCUGCGCGCGCGCCACACCCACUCGGUUCAGCGCGCUAUUUAAAGCGUGUAGACAGCAGCGGCACGAGACCAUCAGCACCACAUCAGAUGUUGGAUAGGCAGCGCUACAUCAGAUGUCAGAACUGUUGCUGCACUGGAUUAUUCAAAACCAACCCAAAUUAUAUGAUCAAGUGAAGAAGCAGCGCUGGAAGUUCAACUUUUUGUUUAUCAUUCGAGAUUUAUUCAAUAUGACUUAUUAUUCAAUAUCGCAGCUGCUCAGUGCGCUGAUCGCGACGUGUGUUUGCAGUGUGAUCGCAGACGCAAUGAGGGCAAACUUUACACUGGAUAACGACAUUCACUCGAGUUUCAUUCAACGGCGUCUGAAGAGUCAGGAGCGCAGAGAGAUGCAGCGGGAGAUCUUGUCCAUCCUCGGGCUGCCGCACAGACCCCGGCCGCUCGUGCACGAGAGACAAACCGCAGCCCCCAUGUUCAUGCUGGAUCUGUAUAACGCCAUCCUGGAGGACAGAGAUCAGCGCAGCGGUUACCUGUACUCAUACGAGCCCGUGCACACGACCCCAGCACCCGCGAUGGUCAGCCAGCAGGACAGCCGGUUCCUUGAUGAUGCCGACAUGGUGAUGAGUUUUGUCAAUUUGGUGGAAUCAGAUGAAAAUCUCCGCCUGUAUCAUCAGCACCGCAGGGAGUUUCGUUUCGACCUCUCUCGCAUCCCGCCUGGAGAAACCGUGACUGCCGCCGAAUUCCGUAUUUAUAAGGACUUUGUGCACGAGCGUUAUGAAAAUGAGACAUUCAGAGUCAGUUUGUACCAGGUGCUCCAACAGAAGCCCAAAAGGGAGCUGUACCUGUUGGACUCUAGAAUGGUAUGGGCGGCAGAAGAAGGAUGGCUGGUAUUUGACCUCACAGUGACCAGUAACCACUGGCUUAUAAACCCGGGGCAGAAUCUGGGACUGCAGCUCUCUGUGGAGACGGCACACGGUGAAAGUCUGAACCCCAAAAGAGCGGGGCUGGUGGGCAGGAGCGGACCUCAGAACAAGCAGGCGUUUGUGGUGGCGUUCUUGAAAGCGUCAGGAGUUCACUUCCGAAGUGUGCGGUCAACACCGGGCAACAAACAGAGGGGUCAUAACCGCUCCAAAAACCCCAAACCUGGUUCUGCAUCCAGUCAGGUGGCCCUCAAGAUGGCAGAGACUGCAGAGGGUGCCAGCGUGGACCCCAAACAAGGCUGUAAGAAACACGAGCUCUAUGUCAGUUUCAGAGACUUGGGAUGGCAGGAUUGGAUCAUCGCACCGGAGGGUUACGCUGCAUAUUAUUGUGAGGGUGAAUGUGUUUUCCCCUUGAACUCAUAUAUGAAUGCUACAAAUCACGCUAUUGUACAGACACUGGUCCAUUUCAUAAACCCAGAAACAGUGCCGAAACCCUGCUGCGCUCCGACUCAGCUGCAUGGAAUCUCCGUCUUGUACUUUGAUGACAGCUCCAACGUUAUAUUAAAAAAGUACCGCAACAUGGUCGUCCGAGCCUGCGGAUGCCACUAACUCACCGCUCCGGCUCGUUCCGGGAAAACGGAGAGGAAAUAAUAGACUUUCAUAGGAGAUUGAUUUUCUUGAUAACCAAACGCCCAGAGACUCUUAAUGGAGCAAAUCUGGACCUCUUUGUCAGCAAAGUUUUCAUUCAAAGUUUAAAACGUCUUGAAUUGUGGGAGGCUGACCGCAACCGAGUCGACCGUGAGGCGUUCUGGCUUCGGUCCGUGCGCAGACAGCCAAGUUUGGAAUAUCAAAGAGGAUACGAAGUGACCUCAGAGACACGUAAGCAGACUGCUCGGGGAGCAUGUGCUGCAGUUACACACAUCCUAAAGCCACUUGUUUUAUGUAUUCAUUCAAGUAAUUAUUAUAAAUGACUGUCCUGUCUCGCUUUGUAUAUUUCAGUAAAGAUGCACUAAGUGAGAUGGAAAUUAUGUAAAUGAGUCAAAGUGAUUUUGACACAACAAACCCUUUGGCAGAUGUUCAGCGCUCUGUUCUAUUAAACAGGACCGAUGAAAUUCAA